CCACGCCUCCCUCGCCUGCCCCCCCCGGUCCUCUCUCUCGUGCUCCAACCCCCUUCUCCAGCUUUUCCUCCUUGAGCUGAGUUAAUCAACGAAGAUGGUGUACUUCUUCAAAGCGCGUCCGGAGGCGGGCGAUUACACGAUAUACAUGGGUCUUGACAAGUUUGAGAACGAGGAAUUGAUUAAGUACGGCUUGCCGGAGGAUGUGUGGUUCCACGUGGACAAGCUCUCGUCCGCGCACGUGUAUCUUCGCCUGUGCAAGGGACAGACAAUCGAGGACAUAAGUCCGGAGGUACUGGAGGACUGUGCACAGCUUGUGAAGGCCAACUCGAUUCAAGGCAAUAAGAUCAACAACGUCGAUGUAGUGUACACGCCGUGGGCAAAUUUGAAGAAGACGGCAGCUAUGGACGUUGGUCAGGUGGGCUUUCACAGUCCCAAAGCCGUGAGGACCGUAAGGGUCGAGAAGAGGGUUAACGAGGUCGUGAACAGGUUGAAUAAGACGCGAGUGGAGCGAAAACCAGACCUUAAGGCGGAGAGGGAGGCAUAUGAUGCAGCAGAGAGAGCACAGAGAAAGGCGCAUGUGCGAGAGAUCAAGAGGAGAGAGGCGGAGGACCGAGCAGAAAAGGAUCGCCAGGCAGAGUUGCGUAGCUACAAGGGGCUCAUGAAUCAUGCAAAAAUGACAUCCAAUAAAGAUGCGCUGAAAGGGAAAAGUGUACAGGAGAUUGAGGAUGACUUUAUGUGAAAGAAAGCAGAGGAGGAGAGGGCGAAGUUGGAAGCUGAGCGUAGAAGGCAGUAACU